AUGGAAUCAGUAAAGGCGACUACUCCAGUAGGACUCGACGGCACCCACAAGGGGGACCCGUUAUGCAUGGAGGUGGUAGACCCCUUUGCCAAGGGGAAUUUGGUGAGAUCUCCUCCCAGGGAGGCGGAUAACGGAGUGACGGAGGCUGCAACUAGCAGCACCGGAGUCUCCCCAGGAGUGACGGGGAUUAGCCCUAUCAGUACGCUCGGCGGGCCACUACCCGGGAUACACCAACGGUACCGUUCACCGAAGAAGCGAUGCCUCGGUCUCAAUCGAUAUCGGAUACUCGGAAGCCGAGGUCCGGGUUUCGCGAUCGAUCGGCAGAACAACCAAAACGAAGCACCGAACGACGUCAAAAGUGAUGUGCAUCAGUGCAUCAUGAACAGCUUCAUAAACGACAUCUUCGAGCGUAUCGCGGAUGAGACAUCCCUCCCGUCUAGCGCACUACAACAAACGAUCACCAACCGCGAGAUUCAGAUCGCCGUCCGCCUCCUGUUGCCGGCCGACUUGGCCAAGCACGCCACUGGCUUGGAGAGAACCAAAUCCGUCACCAAUUACACAAGCUCUAAGUGA